CAAUAUGCUUAAUUAUUGGGCAUGUGGUGUAGAUGGUUAUCACGCUUCCUUAGCAUGGAAGAGGUCCCAGAUUCGAGUUCUGGCUUGUCCAUUUCAUUUUUAAAAGUUUUGCCGUUUUCUUGCAAGAAAAAUCAUAUUCAGAAACAUAAACCAUUAUUCAAACAUUGCCAGAGUUUUGUUUUUAACGAAAUAAGUGGUCGCUUAAUUAAAAUUUACAUUAGCCGAUAUUUCAAAGAAACUACUAACUGACCAUGGUCUUCACCUAAAAUUCUUGACUUGACUUGAUCAACCCAACUUGCAACUAGCAAGCCUCAGCCUUAACAAAAUUUAAAGGGGUCGCUUGUUACGUGAAUUAAACCUGAUUUUGAAAGCAAUAUAAUGCUAAGACGAAGUGUUUUUCAAUUGCCUAAAAGGCAGGUCUUGUGGCAGUGUAGACAUGGAAAAUUUUUCCAUAAUACAGCUUUCUCAAAUGCUAUUAGCAACUUAUGCAUGCCUGCAUUGUCACCUACAAUGGAAGAAGGAAAUAUUGCAAAAUGGAGUCUGAAAGAAGGGGAUUCGUAUAAGGCUGGUGAUGUGAUAUUAGAGGUAGAAACUGACAAGGCUACAAUGGACGUUGAGGCACAAGACGAUGGUGUCUUAGCAAAAAUUAUUAUUAAUUCCGGUACCAAAAUUCCCGUAGGUAAAGAAAUAGCCAUUAUCGCUGAAGAAGGAGAUGAUUUAUCUAAAAUUAAUCUUCCUGAUGCUUCGAGUACUACUGAAAAGUCCGAAAACUUGAAGACACCAACGGAGCCCAGUUCUUUGCAAACAUCUAGUCAUGCUGAUUCAUCUUCCUCCCAAAGCACCCCUUUGCUCCCUUCAGUUGCGUACUUGUUGCAUUUACACAAGAUCCAGGAUCCUUCAGUUAUCCCUGCUACGGGUCCUCGUGGUCGAUUACUUAAAGGUGAUGUUUUAUCUUUUAUUGGUGAAAUCAAAAAGGAUGCACCAGGCUCCGUACAGAAAGCUAUACAAAAGCUUGAAAAGCUUGAUUUUUCUAAAGUUGAGGCUAAACCUGUGAAAGGUCAGCUUGUAGCUUCUCCUACAACUACUGAGAAACCAUCAGAGGCUAUUCCUGAAAAACCUCGUCUCAAUGUCGUCGAGACUAGUCUUUCUUUGGUCAAUUUAAUCAAUAUGACUAAUGCAACGAAAGAAAAGAAUGAAAAACUUCCAGAAAAGAUAACAAAUAUCGUAUCGUCAGCCGUUUCUGAUUCUUUGGCUUCAUCCGAAAUUCUAGACUUAUUUCAAGAUCCUGUAGAGAAUGCCUAUGAUGCUUUAUUAGGAUUGUCUUCGUCAAGAGCAAGUGUUUUGCCGAAAACUCAGCUUAUUUCUGGAAAAGGACCAGUUGAAAAUGUCGUCGAUUUUCUUUGCCAUUCUUCUAUAAUUUUACCCGGUCAGUUAUCUGGCAGUGCAGUGUUAUCAUUCGCUCAUCCAAAUCCUCCAUUAAACGGAAAGACAACGCUUGAUGAUGCUUAUGAUUGUCUCUUGGGAUCUGUUCGGGAACACACAUUGCCUAGCCCUUCACAGUUGAAAAAUGAAGAGAUCGUAUUGAAAUUGUCGUACAGUACUCGCAUUAACAGUGACCGCGCAGCUUCAUUUAUGAACAAAUUAAAAAGGAAUCUGGAGGUAGCUUCCCUUAAUUAAUAAUUAGAGGCCAUUGAGAUCUCUAACGGAAUUAAUCGAAGAUAGCAAACUACAUCUUUCCUUACACUAGCUAUAGUUUUCUUAUUGACUUACAAUAACAACAAUUAUACAAAAAAUAAUAACCAGACUCUAUUAACAACAGUGAUGAUUAGAACAUAACGAGUGAUUCGAUAACGGAAUGAAACAGAAAUUUACAUCGAACACAUAUACAAUGUUGUAGACGCAUUUUCCAGUU